AGAAUUUUAUUCCAAAUUGAAUUCCACAACCACAAUAAAUAAUUCAGGUUAAUCAUCUUCUCCGCCUCCUUCGUUUCUUCCUCCUCAACCUCAACCCAAUCGGAAAAAGCAAAAGACACCUUCUUUUCCGGUUAUUUUCUCCAUCACAAUUUUGAUUGCCGUUGAUGGAUUCCAGUUGCAGAACACCUUCAUCAUCAUCAUCAUCAUCAACAACAACAACAAAAUCAUUGAGCUUCAAUUAUCACUCUUCUCUGAUUCUCAUAUCUCAGCAGCCGUCUAAUCUUUGGUAUCGAGACCUCUGGGAAAUCAGAAUAACCAAAUAGUAAUCAAAGAUCAAUCAAUCAAUAAAAAAACACCCAAAGAUAUCAAUACCCCACACACAAAUUCAGUGGAUUAUUUAUUUAUUUUUUCAUUUUUUUUAAGAAGGCAAUAUGAGAGAUGGUGUGAGAGAACAGUUGAGAUCCAAAAACACCAUCUCUGCAAGUAAUUCUUCAGAUUCUAAGGUUAUGGGGUUAAGAAAUAGAACCUCAGGUUGGGCUGCCUUUGGGCAGCAAGAGAGACAAGGUAUGAAAAAAACUGAAUUUGAUUCUGACCCUUAUCCACCUGUUGAGAACACCCCCACAUGUCUGCUCCCGUUGAAACAAGUACUAUUGAAUGGAUCAGCGAAAUCAUUUUCGUCAGUUGUGCGAGCUUCUGUAUUGUCGCCGAAUGUCGAAUUUGAAGAACGAGUACUAGCUGCUGGUUCUAGUAGUAAGCCUGGCAAUGAAGGUGUUAGUGAUGUAGAGAAAUUGAAAGAGUUGCAUAAGUGGGCUGAUGAUAGCUUGAUUGAGGAUGUUUUAGGAGCUGUAAAUAAUGAUUUCUCACAGGCAUCUACUGUAUUGCAAACUAUGUUUUCAUCUGACAGCUCCAAUCAGACUGGAACAGCAUACCCUUUGGAUACAAGUAAUCAGUUGCAGGAAAAAGGGGAAGAAACAAAUAUUUUGGUUGAGGAAUGCCUUUGCGAAAAGAGAUUAGAACCUAGCUCUGAAGAAGUUUCUACUAAAAGUAUUUUGUAUGCACCUGUGAGUUUGAUCUCUGGGCAGGUGCUAGCUGCUCCCAUCGAACCCGAGUGGCAGGAAGAUGAUAUUUAUCUGAGCCUCCGGAAAGAUGCUAUUAGAGCUACAAGGUCAGCAGCCCAACAUUCUCGAGCAGCCAGCAAUGCUUUUUUAAGGGGUGAUCAUUACUCUGCCCAAGAACUCUCGCGGAAGGCACAAGCAGAGUGGAUGGCUGCUGAAAGUCUGAAUUAUAAGGCAGCCCAAGAGAUUUUAAGAAUUAGAAAUCACAAAAAUGAUGUCUGGAAGCUAGACCUGCAUGGUUUACAUGCAUCUGAAGCUGUUCACGCUUUGAAGGAGCGUCUUUGGAGGAUUGAGACUCAGUUCCCACUUACUGUACAUCCCAAUAAGGUUGUCAAACCAAUUGAUUCCAGUAGUUGCCUUAGCAUGGCCGGACAGACAGAAAAGGAGGAGGGAAUAACAUCGCAGAGACCAGGGGUUUUGCAAGUUAUAACAGGGACAGGAAACCAUAGUCGAGGUGGACAAGCUGCUAUCCCUAUGGCUGUGAGAAGUUUCCUCAUUGAGAAUGGGUACCGUAUUGAUGGUACAAGGCCUGGAGUUAUUGCAGUACGCCCAAAGUUCCGUGACCAUCGACUGAAUUAAAGCCGUUACCUAAAGUAAUUCAUGUAUGACUUGUUAGCAUCUAGCAUUUACUGCAGAUUCUUAGUAUUCUCUAUAGCAAUUGGAAUGUUUAUCGUUGGAAUGAUUUUUCACUGCAUCCGUAUAAUAACAUCCAAAUGUCAUGCACUGCGGCUGUUUGAUAACAAUAUCCAGUCCAGUAUUGUUCAUCAAAAUUUACCGGCAAUCGAGUUACUGUGAGACGCUUACUAUUUAACUGUUGUAUUGUAUGUAGACUAUGAAAUGAUAAUGAUAUUUGAAUGGUGGUGUUGUUGGUUUAGGAUUUGAAAUCAA